AUGACACACUCAGCAGCGGCUUCAUUCUGUUGGAAUCUGCGAGAGAGUUCGAGCAAUCCGGCAUUCCGGCAUGCUGAUGGCGAACUUUCCGCUUCGUUCAUUAACAUUCUCUGCCUUACAAAAGCUUGGGGAAAAUUGGGCGGCUUUUUCUCACCCCGCGCCGAUUUCACCUCCCUCUUGGCCGACGACCAUAUCUCAAUCGUUACAUGUGUCCUUGACUCGUUCUUCACCAAGAAGGACCCAGGGUCCUCAAACAACCAGCGGGAUCCAUCUCGUUACAAGUACGGCGAGCCUGUCUCCAUCCUCCUACUGCAUCCUGCUGCAGCAAGGAUGUCCUGGGGGGAACGUCUCAGGUAUUCGGGAAAGGUUGACGAGCUCCUCUUGGAAGUGGUCCCGUACAUAUCAGCUCCGCACCGGGAGCUGGCGAGUGCUGAAGUUGCAUUAGACCCCACCUUCUACGGCACUGCCGUAAUCCUCAUUUCCGGCAUAAAGACACUCGUCCUGAUUGGCGCCAACACCGGUCUGGGAUUCGAGGCUGCGAAGCAUUUCGCUAGGAUGAACCCUGCGCGGCUGGUCCCGACUCAUCCUGGUAUUCUCAGCAAUCCAGGAGGACACUGGCUACACAAAGGCAGAGAUUGGAUCAUCGAUCUCGUGAAUUUCAGCAGCGUCAUCGCGUUCGCUGAUAAGGCCGAGCGUGAACUAGACCGAUUGAAUAUCCUCAUGGAGAAUGCUGGCAUGAUGACUUAUGAGACGAAAAGGCUUAUCAUCAUCAUCCUCAGUUUGCAUACGAACAACCUCGGACCUGGCUUACUCGCCAUUCGCAUGAUCCCUAAGAUGCUCGAGACGGUUCGCAGGUAUUCAGCCCACCCGAGAGUGGUCAUCGUCGUGAGCGACACGCAUUAUCGGACAAAGAUAGAAAAGGACGUCAUCACUUCGCCUGGCAUCCUCGUGAAGCUGUCAGAUUCUGGAAAGCGAACAGUCUGA